UUUUGGUUGUACAGUGAAUAAGAUAAACAACCACCGUCACUAUACAGAGCGCUCCGUACAACUGCAGAGUAUCUUGACAUCAACAUUCCUGUCGAAUCUGCAUCUUGCAUGUUGCAUACCGCGUGAUGAGGUGAAGUUUCGAUAGAAUAUUCUCACUGCAUUCCUGGCACAAUCGACAUCCCUUCUUCUGGUAAACGGUACUCGACAACGGACCACACAUAAGCAAAAUGAUUGGAACCUUGUUUUUCAUCUUCGACCGUCUGGUCGAGAUCGUCUUUUUGAUCCCGAUCAUUGGAAUGCUGGCCUACUUCAUUGACGGCUUCCUCAAAGCCAACAUAAUCACCCCAGUCUACAUCCUCGUCCUCUUCAUCGUCAGCGUCAUCGCCGUCUUCUGGUGCGUCGACACGAUGAUCCGCCACGCCACCACAAAGCGCUCCGCCAUCUUCGUCUCCUUCGUCGACCUCCUCUUCUUCGGCGCCUUCAUCGCCGGCGUCUACGAACUGCGCUUCAUCGCAAACGCCAACUGCGGCAACUGGCACGGCGACGGCGAAUACGUCUCCCUGGGUCCGUUCGGGCUCUACGGCGCGCAGACAGGGAACCCGCUAGCGAAUGAUCUGAACAAGACCUGUGCGAUGCUGAAGGCGAGUUUUGCGAUGGGGAUUAUGGAGGUGAUUUUCUUCUUCUGGUCUGCGCUGUGGGCGCUGUGGAUCUGGAGGGGUCAGCCUAGGCCGGUGGCGAGGAAGGAAGUGAGGACUUCGUCGUCGUCGAGGCGCAGGAGUCAUAGUAGCCGGCGGGGACAUGGGAGUCGGGCGAGGAGCUCGACUAUGAUAUGAAGCUAAUUGGUAAUGUUUUUGAUGGUAUGUGUGACAUGAGAUCAUGAGAACACGAGAACAAAGACCGGAGGGAACCAGGGUUCACGCACCAAUAUCCUAAUGAAGCAAUGAUUGAUUAUGUCGCU